ACACUGGAGAGAGCCGUAUUCGCGCGCGCGCGUCCGUCCAGCACGCGCCGUGGCGCCCACCCCCACCCCACGGAGCGUCCCGGUGGGAGCCCCCGCGCCGGGCCGGGAGCGGCGCGCGGCCAGACCGCGCCAGUGAUUACAGUUCCUGUAUUCCACCAUUUUUUGAUGGAAGAGGAGGACCAUAACCCAGAAGUGAACUCUUCAGUAAAACAAGAAACUCUUGUUGAGUAAUUUGUCUCCUUUCAAAAGCAGCACCCAGUCUAGAAGAAGUUUACAGAGAAGAGAGUACUUUUGGACUUGGCUCUUUUCAGUUUCACUUCAGCACAUAAAUGGUGACCAGCAAAGACACAGAAGCAGUUGUGGCUGCCAUUCAGCUUCACGUCAAGUAGCAUUUAGUUCUUGGAGGAGAACUUAAGUUACAUGAAGUGAAAAGUAUAUCAAGACAUUGUUCAUUUUUAAGAACAUUAGCACCGUGGAUUUUUUAGCAACUGUACAUGUGAUGAAACUGAAGUUUAUAUUUUAAGAGCAUAUGCUUAGGCAGAUGUCUCCCAUUUAAUAUCAGAAUUUGGGAGAAGCAUUUUUCUUUAAUUUAACCCGCCCCUCACCCCUCCAUCCAGGCUUUGAAACUGAUGUGCUACAGACAAUGAAUAAUCCUGCAGAUUUGGGUAUAUCUGUUCAUUGUUAACCAUGGUGUUGCUCUGAAUGUUGUCGUGCAGACCCAACAACCACUUUUGUAAUGUAAAAUCUGAGUUCCAUAGCACCGCAACAAGAGGAAAUUUAAUGAGGUGAACGUGGUUGUAGCUUUUUUAAAUGUAAAUUACCUUUUUUAGGGGUGUUUUUUUUUUUUUGUAGUGUGAGUGCAGAGAGAAAUUAAGAUGAGCAGCUGAGGGGGUGAAGGGUGCAGUCAGCACGAACUGCAGCUUCUCGUGCUCUGCUUUGAGACGCCCUAUUGCCUCAAACCUGACAUAACUGCAUUCUGGAGAAGGAAGGAACCUGAAGAUCAGAGUGAAGCACAGAAGUCAAGAAGAGAAUUGGACUGCAGAGGCCAAACUUGAUCCUGGCCAUGAGGUUUGAUGCCUCGCUUUAUUGAAGGGAGACACUGGACCUAAAUGGCGCAGCAUGACUUUGUUCCUGCCUGGCUUAACUUCUCAACGCCACAGUCAGCCAAGUCCCCUGCAGCCACCUUUGAGAAACAUGGAGAGCAUCUUUCGCGGGGUGAGGGCCGCUUUGGUGUGAGCCGUAGACGACACAACUCUUCUGAUGGAUUUUUCAAUAACGGCCCCCUCAGAACUACGGGAGACUGCUGGCAUCAGCCCUCCCUGCUCCGCCAUGAUUCUGUAGAUUCCGGUGUUUCUAAAGGAGCUCAUGUUGGGCUUUCUGGCAGUCAGCCUGGCUGGCAUGGUCCCUCACGGAGCCAUGAUGGUAUGAACCAGCGUAGUGGUGGAGGAACUGGAGUCCAUCGCCACUGGAAUGGCAACUUUCACUCUCGGAAGAACUCUGCCUUUCAAGAAAAGGUGCCUGUUGAGGCCAGAGAAGAGAAGAGAGAAGAAAAAGACAAGCUGCAGUUUGAGGAAGACGACUUUCCAUCUUUGAAUCCAGAAGCUGGAAAACAGAAUAACCAGAGCAAACCUUUAGGGACACCUUCUGGAGUGUGGGAAAACCCCCCUAGUGCCAAGCAACCUACCAAGAUGCUGGUCAUCAAAAAGGUUUCAAAAGAGGAUCCUGCUGCCGCCUUCUCAGCUGCAUUUACGUCACCAGUUCCUCACCUUGUAAACGGCAACAAGACCACCACAAUUGUCCCAAGUGUCUACAAAAAUCUGGUUCCUAAACCAGCAGCUCCUCCAUCUAAGCCAAGUCCAUGGAAAGCUAACAGAAGUGAACAUAAACCAGGCUCGCUUUCCUCCAGCCGUGACUCUGCCUUUACCAGUCCGGUGUCUGUAACCAAACCAGCGGUACUGGCGAGUGGCUCAGUUCUCACCUCUCCCAAAGAGAGUCCUUCCAGCACCACCCCUCCCAUUGAGAUCAGUUCUUCACGUCUGACCAAGCUGAUGCGUCGCACCGCCGAUAAGAAAAGUGAAUUCCUGAAGGCAUUGAAAGAUGACAGGAAUGGAGAGAUCACAGAGAACAGAGAAUGUGACAAGUUGGAGGAUAUGGAGGGCAGCAGCACACCAGAACCAAAGGAAAACUGGGACGAGAAUUGCCAUCAGAAUGGCCUUUCUCUCCCUUUGAUGGAGGAGGGGGAGAACCUGUCUCAUUCACUGGAAGCGGAACACAGGUUACUGAAAGCAAUGGGAUGGCAGGAGUAUCCUGAAAACGAUGAGAACUACCUUCCCCUCACUGAGGAUGAGCUCAAAGAGUUCCAACUUAAAUCAGAGCAGCUAAGAAGAAAUGGAUUUGGGAAGAAUGGAUUUCUUCAGGGCCGUAGCUCCAGCCUGUUCUCCCACUGGAGAAGCACUUUUAAGACAGAGUUGGAGGACUCAGACACAGAAACUAGUAGCAGCGAAACGUCAGAUGACGAUGCCUGAAAGUGGGCACAAAACAUUUAAAACAAAUAAAACCAACCCAAUAAACUCAGUUCAUAGUUCAA